AUGACGUCGGCCCUGUUCGCCGUUUCGGCCUUUUGCGCGAUCCUCUUCAGGCCGGUGCGGCCCAGCUACGCGCAGAAAAUCCGGUACAGCACCGUCGCUUCCGGUAAAUUCUUCGCCACCUACCCCAACCGAAUGUACCCGACCUUGUCCGAGGUGACCGAGGUGCCAACGAUCACUCUGCUCCAGCCACGGAAGCUGGCCAAAUCGAGCGAGGUUAUGAUCAUGUCGUAUCCCUCUUCAAGCGUCAAGUGUAAAUUCAAAGAGGACGACAUUCAGGAAGGUUCGACCAGAUCUCUGGAGACCUGCAUCGAAGGCAAAGCCACCGAAAUCGUCACCACCUCGUUGUUCCUCUCCAAAAAGAAGCGCCGAAAAAUCUCCUUGCACGAAACCCAAACCAUGCUGGGCAGCAACAUGAGGCCGAUGUAUCGUGACGACAUCUUCUACAAUAGCUCAUUCAACGUCCUCCAGAAAUACAGGAAAACGACGCAGGCCUCUAACCGACGCUCGGAUUUUUCCAAAUCCAACAUGGAUUACCACUUGUCGGUCAUCAGAGUGGAAACUUCUUGGGUUUUCAACAAAGACGAACGUUGCUUAGUGUGCACGGAAGCAGUCAAAAGGACGCUGGCCACCAUGUUGGACUACAAACUGCUCAAAUCGCCCACCUUUCUACUCAUAGCCUGCCACGCCUCCUUCCUGUGUUUCGGCUAUUCCACGACGUUCAUCUUCAUUAAGGAUCGGGCAGAACAGAUGGGCGUCUCGAAAGGUGUCAGCUCCUGGUUGAUUUCUGUUUUAGGUGUUGCAAAUACAAUUGGAAGGAUAAGUUAUGGCCUGUUAGCGAAUUGGCCAAAAAUGGAGUACAUUUGGUUGACUACAGUAUGUUUGAUCACAGGCGGAAUAGCUACUAUCCUAUCGGCACAUUUCACAGACGAUUCCAUGCAGAUAUUUUAUGCUGCUGCUUUUGGUGGAUUUGUAGCUUGUAUACCUGCCUUGAGGACCCUAAUUAUAGUGGACACUCUAGGCUUGGACAAGUUGACGAAUUCUGUAGGACUGAUGUUGAUGUUUCAAGGUGUCACUUCCUUGAUAGGCAUCACAGCUGCUGGACUGCUACGAGAAGUGACUGGUGAUUACAAAUGGACUUUUUAUUUUUCUGGAAUUUGUAUAAUUUUGUCUGCACUGUGUUUCAUACCUCUGAAGACUGUAGCAAUUUGGGAACAAAAU